GGCUUUUCCGCCUCGCGUUUCCCUCCCGCCUGCGCGCCCGCCCCAGCUAUCAUGGCGGCUCCCUUGGCUCUGGUGGUGGUUGUGGCCGUGACCGUGCGGGCGGCCUUGUUCCGCUCCAGUCUGGCCGAGUUCAUUUCUGAACGGGUGGAGGUGGUGUCCCCACUGAGCUCUUGGAAGAGAGUGGUUGAAGGCCUCUCACUGUUGGACUUGGGAGUGUCUCCGUAUUCUGGAGCAGUAUUUCAUGAAACUCCAUUAAUAAUAUACCUCUUUCAUUUCCUGAUUGACUAUGCUGAAUUGGUAUUUAUGAUAACUGAUGCACUCACUGCCAUUGCCCUGUAUUUUGCAAUCCAAGACUUCAAUAAAGUUGUGUUUAAAAAGCAGAAACUCCUCCUAGAACUAGACCAGUAUGCCCCAGAUGUGGCCGAACUCAUCCGAACCCCUAUGGAAAUGCGUUACAUCCCUCUGAAAGUGGCCCUGUUCUAUCUCUUAAAUCCCUACACGGUCUUGUCUUGUGUUGCCAAGUCCACCUGCGCCAUCAACAACACUCUCAUUGCUUUCUUCAUUUUGACCACAAUAAAAGGUAGUGCCUUCCUCAGUGCUAUUUUUCUAGCCUUAGCAACAUACCAGUCUCUGUACCCACUCACCUUGUUUGUUCCAGGACUCCUCUAUCUCCUUCAGCGGCAGUACAUACCUGUGAAAGUGAAGAGCAAAGCCUUCUGGAUCUUCUCUUGGGAAUAUGCCAUGAUGUACGUGGGAAGUCUAGUGGUAAUCAUUUGCCUCUCCUUCUUCCUCCUCAGCUCCUGGGAUUUCAUCCCUGCAGUCUAUGGCUUCAUACUUUCUGUUCCAGAUCUCACUCCAAAUAUUGGUCUUUUUUGGUAUUUCUUUGCGGAGAUGUUUGAGCACUUCAGCCUCUUCUUUGUAUGUGUGUUUCAGAUCAACGUCUUCUUCUACACCAUCCCCUUAGCCAUAAAGCUAAAGGAGCACCCUAUCUUCUUCAUGUUCAUCCAGAUUGCUAUCAUCUCCAUCUUCAAGUCCUACCCAACGGUGGGGGAUGUGGCCCUCUACAUGGCCUUCUUCCCUGUGUGGAAUCAUCUCUACAGAUCUGCACUCCACCUGCCUGCCAGUACCACUCUGUGUGUCAGGUCCUCUCUGGGACUUCUGGGAGAGCUUCCUACCUGUCCUGAGAAACAUCUUUGUCCUCACCUGUAUCAUCAUCGUCUGCUCCCUGCUCUUCCCUGUCCUGUGGCACCUCUGGAUUUAUGCAGGAAGUGCCAACUCUAAUUUCUUUUAUGCCAUCACGCUGACCUUCAACGUUGGGCAGAUCCUGCUCAUCUCUGAUUACUUCUAUGCCUUCCUGCGGCGGGAGUACUACCUCACACAUGGUCUCUACUUGACUGCCAAGGACGGCACAGAGGCCAUGCUUGUGCUCAAGUAGGCCUGGCUGGGCACAGGGCUGCAUGGACUUCAGGGGGUCAAAGGGCCAGAGGCUGGGCCCAGCCCUCUAGCCAGAGUUCCCAGCAGAGGAGUCCUCAGGCAAAUGAGGUUCGAGUCCAGGGUUACAAAUCUCUGGCACCAGAGGGGAGCCAUGGCUGGCAGCAAGGCCUGUGGGGAAUAGCCAGGAGCAACUCCACUUGGACCCCCACUUUUUGGCUCUGCAUACCAGGGAACCCCCUCCAUGCUGGAAAGGGGAAGAAGCAGGUGAGCAGGAUUUGUUAGGUUGUGGCUACUUAAUAAAUCUUUUUUGUUAUGAAAUCUA